AUGGUUUCAUUUACAUUACUUGCCGCCAUUUCUCUAAUUCCAGGAGCAUUCACUGCCCCAGGACAGCUUCUUCAACGCGCCAGUACUCCAAGCUCCGAAGUCCAGCAGGCAACCAACUACUGGCAGUUUUGGCAAGAAGGCGGGGGAAAUAUCAAAUGUAAUAACGGGGGUGGUGGCUCAUAUACCUGCACUUGGUCUGGUGGCGGCUUCGUGGCCGGAAAAGGAUACCAGCCAGGAGGAUCGAGGGCUGUCAAAUACAGUGGCACGUACACUCCUAAGGGCCCCGGUUAUCUCGCACUGUACGGCUGGACUAAGAACCCUUUAAUCGAAUACUACAUUGUUGAAUCCUACGACAUUCUGGCUCCUGGAGAACCCUGGACUCGUAAAGGAAAUUUUACUUUCGACGAGGGUACUUAUGAGCUAUACCAAAGCACUCGGAAUAACAAGCCUUCUAUUGUGGGAACAGCGACCUUUCAGCAGUACUGGUCCGUCCGUACUGAAAAGAGGGUCGGAGGAACAAUCACCACUGGUAAGCAUUUCGAUGCUUGGGCUAAGGCUGGAAUGAAACUGGGCAACCACGACUAUAUGAUCAUUGCAACGGAGGGGUUUGCCAACGGCACAAAAACUCCUAGUGGAUCUUGCAGUAUCACCGUCGAAUAG